AUGAGGAGUGGAGACCCCUCCCCACCCACGAUGGUCCUUGUCCAAUUCUUCACAGGUGGGGCUGCUGGUCAUAGGUGGGGCUGCUGGUCACGGGUGGGGCUACUGGUCACAUGUCGGGCUGCUGGUCACAGAUGGGGCUACUGGUCACAGGUGGGGCUGCUGGUCACAGGUGGGGCUGCUGGUCACAAGUGGGGCUGCUGGUCACAGGUGGGGCUGCUGGUCACGGGUGCCUGGUGCUGGCGGCUGGCGCUGGAGCUAGUGCCUGGUGCUGGCGGCUGGCGCUGGUGCUGGUGCCUGCGGCUGGCGCUGGUGCUGGUGCCUAGUGCUGGUGGCUGGCGCUGGAGCUGGUGCUUGGUGCUGGCGGCUGGCGCUGGUGCUGGUGCUUGGUGCUGGCGGCUGGCGCUGGUGCUGGUGCCUGGUGCUGGCGGCUGGCGCUGGCGCCUGGUGCUGGUGGCUGGCGCUGGUGCCGGUGCCUGGUGCUGGCGGCUGGCGCUGGUGCUGGUGCCUGGUGCUGGCGCUGGUGCUGGUGCCUGGUGCUGGCGGCUGGCCUUGGUGCCUGGUGGUGGUGGCUGGCGCUGGUGCUGGUGCCUGGUGCUAGCGGCUGGCGCUGGUGCUGGUGCCUGGUGCUGGCGGCUGGCGCUGGUGCUGGUGCCUGGUGCUGGCGGCUGGCGCUGGUGCCUGGUGCUCGUGGCUGGCGCUGGAGCUGGUGCCUGGUCUUGGCGGCUGGCGCUGGUGCUGGUGCCUGGUGCUGGCGGCUGGCGAUGGUGCAAUUCCGCCGCCACUCCCUUCCCCCUUUUCCUCUCUCCCCCACAUCAUUCCGCCGCCACUCCCUUCCCCCUUUCCCUCUCCCCCCACAGCGUUCCGCCGCCAAUCCCUUCCCCUCCUCCCUCUCCCACCCACAGCGACCGCCGCUGCAUACGCGAAUAG